CGCAUCACGUCCUUUGUACUUCCCCUUUAAGUGCGGAUAAAAGGCGGUUAAAUGUUUGGUGGAAAGAGGAAGAGGAGGGAAACUAACGGACCCGAUGGAGGAAGACAUCGGCAUUUACCGGUGACUCGUCGAAUUUAGCCGAACCGUCAGCGAUCAGCAAUGGAGCCGAGCGUGGGGGCGACCAUGAUGCUGAUGGGCUCGAUCCUGGCGCUCCCAUUUUUGACCUUCUUCACGGCCGUGCGGAUCUGGCCCAGUUUGAUCAUUCGGGCUUAUAAUUGGUGGAUGCGUCUGAAGCUGGGCCUGACCAUCCGCUACUCAUACAGCGGCGGCUACUGCUUCUGCUAUUUCACCCGCGGGACGCCAGGGGGCACCACGCCAUCCUUACUGCUGCUACAUGGCUUCUCUGCCUCCAAAGACAUGUGGUUGCCCUUCGUCAAGUACCUCCCCGUAGACCAGCACGUGCUGUGCGUGGACAUGCCGGGACACGAGGGGACCAGCCGGACCGGGUCGGACGACUAUAGCAUUCGGGGGCAGGUUGCCCGAAUCCAUCAGUUUGUGCAGAGCGUCGGUUUGGACAAAAGACCUUUCCACCUGGUGGGAACAUCCAUGGGGGGCAAUGUAGCGGGGGUGUACGCCGCCACCUACCAACCGUACCUAUCUGGCGUUACCUUGAUGUGUCCGUCAGGUUUGGUAUAUCCCACCGAAACGGAGUUUAUCGUCCGUCUGAGGGAGAUGGAGAAGAACCCCGGCGAUUAUUCCAUCUCUCUCAUUCCGUCCACGGACCAGGAGUUGGAAGACAUGUUGCGCCUGUGCUGCUAUAAGCCUCUCAAGCUGCCCAGACAGGUGCUGCGAGGCCUGCUGGACAACAGGAUGCGACACAACCACUUCUACAAAGAAUUGUUCAUGGAGCUAGUCGAGGAAAAAUCUCGCCACUCACUGCAAGAAGCUCUACAUUUGAUCACGUCGCCCCUUCAAGUCAUUUGGGGGAAGCAAGACAAGGUUUUGGAUGCUUCCGGGGCAUCUGCGCUUAAGGCGGGGGUUCCCCACAGUCAGCUGUUCCUAUUAGACGACUGCGGCCACACCAUCGCGCUGGAGAGACCCAGGACGGCCGCCCAGCUGGUCAUGGAUUUCCUUUCCGCACAAAAAGUCUGCAACAAGAACGUUGAGGAAAAAAAUUCUGGAGAUUACAAAUGAUAUCGAUAAUAAUUUGGUAUAAAAUACCCCUUGGUCAAACGUUUUGAGACACUUUCGCAUUCAACCGAAUGGUCAAAUGUCUCAAAACUUAUUACAGCGAGUGCACGUAAUUUAAAUGUUUACAUUGAUGAUACUGUAACAUUCUUGAUGUUUUAAUAUAUUGAUGGGUUUAAUCACUUAUUUUUGAGUUUGACGUUAUUUCACGAUGAUUAACUCGUUCCCUGCCAUUGAUGGCCAUAGACUUUGAAGGAAUUCGGCCUCCUCCCCGCCAAGCCGCGGAAACGGCGCCAGCCAAACGAAAUAGUGUUCCGCUGGCACCGCUCCCACAAGCCAACUGGUGGGGGCCAACAUUCCGCGCGUUCACUCCCGUGUUAACCCUUUGUACUGACUCCAUGUUCCAAAAGAACCGAAAACAGGUUGAUGAUUUAUUCGUCGACAAUAGUAAAAAACAAGGCAAAAACAGAAGACGGAGAGACCCUGCUGGAACCGGAGUCAGCAAAACAAGGCUAACUAGAAAUGUUCCCGAGCAGCGACCGUGUAAUCUAAAUGUUCAGUUCUUUUUGAAAGCUGCGUUGGAGUGGGCUGUGCCGAAGGCGUGGCUGGGUGUUGUCUUGGGAUCAUUCCUCUGUGGCAGGUCAGGUUCAUGCGUCAUCCUUCGUGGCUGGGACGUGGUUGCCACGGCGACCGAUGCAGGUCUUGACGUCCAAGGCGCCCACGCUAUCAACUUGUUAUCCUGGUUGGGCGAGGGUGCUCUCCGAUGCUACUUGUUUUAGGACAGAGCGCCCUGCUCUUUGUCCUGGAGUGCCCCGGAGAACUGAUUGCAAGAGUUGGUGCAUCAAUCUUGCUCUUGACACGUUGGGCUUCUGUGAUAAGAUGGCGUUGUGUAUCUCUUAUGCCCUCUAUUCUGCUUCUUUUCAUUAAACUAUGGUGUAAGUGCUAUUUAUUUUAUAUUAGGUGUGUUAGAGUAAUGCAAACAGUUAUAUGGUGUGUGCGAGAAAGGUAACUAUUCCCGUCAGCGUCCAAUCAAUUUGAACUGGGAGAGUUGACAUUGAUAUAGGGCUGCAGCUAUCGAAUAUUUUUGUAGUCGAAUAAUCGAUGGACUAGUUCGAUUAAUCGAGUAAUCGGAUAAGGAACAUAAAAAAAUUACUUGAGCUGAGCCUCAAACAGUACAUAUAUAUAUAUAUAUUUUUUUUAAUGUGGAUCUAUAUACAACAAAAGAACAACUGGCUAACUUACAUAGGAAAAAGUCCGCUAGCUUAAAUGCUACAAAGUUUUUUUCACAAUGCGUUUAACAAAUGGUUCAGACGCAUAUUCCCAGAAAAAACGGCUAAAUAUACCUAUAAACUAAAUUGUGAAUGCGUUGAAAAACAUUAGCUCAAACAAAAACUUAGCUUACGUUGGUCUUAACGGGGAGCAGUUGGAUUCAGCCAUGUGAAAAGAGGCAGACCAGAGGGCAGUGUAUCCACUCUAAUCCAUAAAACUAAAUGCAAACACUUUCAAAAUAAACCAUUAGAACGCCACUUUAAUUAAACGAAUACUCGAAGCAUCAAAAUUUAAUUUGAAUAUUUUUUUCCUAAUCGAAUACUCGAGUUAAUCGAUUAAUCGUUGCAGCGCUACAUUGAUAUCUAUCGUCGUCAAUGCCUCUGAAACAUUUUGGCCCAUUCCUCCAUGCAGAUCUCCUCUAGAGCAGUGAUGUUUUGGGGCUGUCGUUGGGCAACACGGAGUUUCAACUCCCUCCACAGAUUUUCUAUGGGGUUCAGACCUGGAGACUGGCUAGGCCACUCCAGGACCUUGAAAUGCCUCUUCCGAAGCCACUCCUUUGUUGCCCUGGCUGUGUGUUUGGGAACAUUGUCAUGCUGAAAGACCCAGCAACGUCUCAUCUUCAAUGCCCUUGCUGACGGAAGGAGAUUUUCACUCAAAAUUUGUCGAUACAUAGCGCCAUUGAUUCUUUCCUUUACACAGAUCAGCCGUCCUGGUCCCUUUGAAGAAAAAAAGCUCCAAAGCAUGUUUCCACCCCCAUGCUUCACAGUGGGUAUGGUGUUCUUCAGAUGCAAUUCAGUGUUCUUUCUCCUCCAAACACGAGAACCUGUGUUUCUACCAAAAAGUUCUAUUUUGGUUUCAUCUGACCGUAACACAUUCUCCCAGUCCUCUUCUGGAUCAUCCAAAUGCUCUCUAGCGAACUGCAGACGGGCCUGGACAUGUACUGGCUUCAGCAGGGGGACACGUCUGGCAGUGCAGGAUUUGAGUCCCUGGCGGUGCAUUGUGUUACUGAUAGUAGCCUUUGUUACUGUGGUCCCAGCUCUCUGUAGAUCAUUCACUAGGUCCCCCCGUGUGGUUCUGGGAUUUUUGCUCACCGUUCUUGUUAUCAUUUUGACGCCACGGGGUGAGAUCUUGCAUGGAGCCCCAGAUCGAGGGAGAUUAUCAGUGGUCUUGUAUGUCUUCCAUUUUCUAAUAAUGGCUCCCACAGUUGAUUUCUUUACACCAAGCGUUUUACCUAUUGCAGAUUCAGUCUUCCCAGCCUGGCGCAGGUCUACAAUUUUGUCUCUGGUGUCUUUCGACAGAUCUUUGGUCUUGGCCAUAGUGGAGUUUGGAAUGUGACUGACUGAAGUUGUGGACAGGUGACUUUUAUACCGAUAAUGACUUAAAACAGGUGCCAUUAAUACAGGUAACGGGUGGAGCCUCGUUAGACCUUGUGAGAAGAAGUUACACCUCUUUGACAGCGAGAAAUCUUGCUUGUUUGUUGGUGACCAAAUACUUACUUUCCACUCUAAUUUGGAAAUAAAUUCUUUAAAAAUC